AUGAGCUAAACUAUUAAUUAAUUCAUAUAAGUUUAUAAAGAAUCCAAUAAAUAAAUCAAAGAGACCAUCAAUCAAGUGAAGAAUUGCUUUGAGUAGAUUUAAAAAUAAAUGGAUCAGGAGAUUAUAAUAUUAUAGAAUAUGAAUUAGAAACUUUUAAACAAAGAGUAUUUAACUUUUAAAUCUGAAAUAAAUGUAAUCAAACAGUUUUACUCAAAGGAGAAAGAAAAUUUGAUAUGUAUCAAUCUUAUUAAUUUAAAAGAGUAAUAAAUAAUAGAAUUCAAUAAAAUUCUUGAUACAAUCAAAUUAAUGGUACCUGCUUAACCUAAGAUAAAUAAUUAAGAGAAUACUGACAAUGAAAAAAUCAGUUAAAGUCAAGGAGUAAGCUAGAAAUGUGAAGAAUAAGAUGUAAAGAAAAAAAAAUAGAAAAAAUAGAAAAAAAAACAAGCAAAAAAAUUUUCCGAAUAAGGCAGAGAAUUAAUUUAUAAAGGAAAAUUUAUGGAAGCAUUAAGUAUUUUCGAUAGUUCAAUCAAAUUAUUUGAUCAAGAUUACGAUGCUUAUUUAGGCAAAGGUUAUGCUUUACACAAUUUAAAUUAAUAUCAAGAAGCUAUUGCUUGCUAUGACAAAGCUAUUUCAAUAAAUCCUAAUGAUGGUAAUGUAUAUUACAAUAAGGGUAAUAUACUUCAAUCAUAAUUAGGCUUCACAUUAUUCACUUUAAAUAAAUAUUAAGAAGCGAUUGAGAGUUAUGAAAAAGCUAUUUCUAUAAAUCCUAAUAAUGAACAUACAUGGUAUAAUAAGGGUAAGAAGCUUCAAAUAGAUUUUUUAGGUUUGACAUUAGGCAAUUUAGCUAAGUAUUAAGAGGCUAUUGAGUGUUAUGAUAAAGCUCUAUCUUUAAAUCCUUAUAAUGAUAAUACAUGGUAUAAUAAGGGUUAAGCACUAUCCAAGAUAAGUAAAUUUUAGGAUGCUAUUCAGUGUUAUGACAAAGCCAUUUCUAUAAAUCCUUAUGAUUUUCUUUCAUUGAACAACAAGGUAGGCUUCACAUUACACAAAUUAAAUAAAUAUAAAGAAGCUAUUGAGUGCUACAACAAAGCUCUUUCUAUAAAUCCUAAUUAUUAUCAUACAUUGUGCAAUAAGGGAUUUUUAUUAACCAAAAUGAAUAAAUAUUAAGAUGCUAUUGUGUGCUACGACAAAGGUCUUUCCAUAAAUCCUAAUUUUGAUGAUGCAUGGUAGAAAAAGGGAUUUGCACUAACCUAAAUUCAUAAAGACUAAGAGGCUAUUGUGUGUUACGACAGGGCUAUUACUUUAAAUCCUAAUUUUUAUGAUGCAUGGUGUGAUAAGGGCUACUCGCUAGAAAAAUUAAACCAGCAUUAAUAGGCUAUGGAGUGUUACGAGAAAGCUCUUUCAAUAAAUCCUAAUCUUGAGCAGGCAUGGUACACUAAAGGAGGUUUAUUAACCAAAGUUAAUAAAUAUUAAGAAGCUAUUUUGUGCUAUGAACAAAGCUCUUUCCUUUAAUCCAAAGAAUGAUCAUAUAUGGAAUAGCAAGGGUAUUAAGCUUAAAAUUAUUGUUUUCCAGGAUUUUUUACUAACCAAAAUUUAAUAAAAUAUUAAAGAAACUUAUUUGCGUGGUAUUGACAAUCCUCUUUUCCUUAAAUCCUAAUAGUGAACAAAAUAUGGAAACAUAAAGGGAAAAAGCUUCCCUAAAUUUGAAAUAAGGUUAAGCAUUAUUCAAAUAAAAAAAAUCCGAAAAAUGCCAUUAUGUGCUAAGAAAAAAGCUCUUU